CCUUCAACUUUUUCUUCUUAAACCUCUUCGUCCUCUUCCUCUUCCUCUUCAUCCUCUUCAUCCUCUUCAUCCUCUUCAUUCUCUUCAUUCUCUUCAUUCUCUUCAUUCUCUUCAUUCUCUUCAUUCUCUUCAUUCUCUUCCUCACUCAUACUCAAUCUUUCCUCGUCCAUCACCGGAUAGUCUCAUCAAACAUGUCCAGCCCGUCGAACCCAGUCGCCGGGAACGUCAACACGGCCAAAAUCAACAGGUCGUUCAACCUACUGCGAGAGUUCUACACUCUCGUAGACACUCAUAGUCCGACAGUUCUAGACGAAGCAGCACUCGAGGUCUUUUUGACCUCCAACAAAGUGUGCUCCCCACCUCGCGCAGGCUCGUCAGAAUAUAUUGACGAGCACAACACAAGAAUGGCUCUCAUUACUGAGGUGCAAGCUGCCCUGGAGGCCCUGGAUUGUCCAGGGUUGGCCCUAGCCUCUUUGUGGGUUGGGCUUUGGACAAUGCCUACCAGUCGACUAGUGCAGUUGCUCAGAGACUUGCGCGAUCCAUCUACAGAGAGUGUUGUAACGGUUCAGCUGUACAAGAUUAAUAAUGCCUUUCCGAAAUUGCUGCAUAUUUUUCGUGGAUUGGGUUCUAGAAACGAGGAAGAUAGUGAAGAUCGCUAUCGGCGACGAAACACAAAUGAGUCUGUCUCCGCAGCCGACCGGGAUGGAAAACGAUGCGUAGUCACAGGCGCCCCAUACCCCCAAGUGUGCCAUAUCUUCCCGUUCGCGUCGUUGAAGCAUCGGUUUCAAACGGGUGACUUUCUGCAAGAUAUGGCACUCUUCUGGGGACAGGAUCGGAUUAGCACACUUACCAAGAAGCUGUGUGGGCGUCAUGCCCCUGGGGCCACUAACAUGAAUCUUGUUGACACAUGUGCAAACAUGAUAUCGUUGAGCCCACAGCUACACGACUGGUGGGGUCGGGGACUCUUUGCCUUUGAGCCGAUGGGUGAAGCCAGGCUUUCUGAGAGCCCGUCCAACACUGGCGCCGCUAUCCAACCCACUCCCAUCGGUUCCCCCUCCACCAGAACCACCCCUACCAGAGCUGCCAAAGUUGCCAAGAAUACCAAGCCACCACAGGAAUGGUCUAUUCAACUACGCUUUCAUUGGUUGAGAGAUACCAAUAUCCCGACUCUGAAGUCGCCGGUCAACCUUUCAGCAGACCCUAUCGCCAUGCUCGAGACGCCGGAUCCCAACCGUCAUCUGGCAGCUGUCAAUCUGGCAACCUGGCGGCCCGUUGAGAAUGGUCAGCUCUUCACCAUCACAGCUCAAGAUCCUAACGCAUUACCCGACUACGACAUCCUGCUCUUGCAGUGGGAUGUGCUAAGAAUGUGGCGUCUUGCCGGCGGCGCUGACCCUGCGAUAUACUCCCUCGAUGACGAUGACGACGAUUACGACGACAAUGAUAUUGCUGUCCUUGGCGGGAAGACCACUCAAGACAAUCGAACGCAAACGGUUGACCAAGGAGAUAUCCCCCGGAGGCAAAUCCAACAUUCGUCCGAAACAACCGCCCACAGCAGUCAGAAUCCGUUCGAUCAUCCGUUCGAUCCUCGUGGCGGUUCCGUCCGGAGACGAAUCCAACAUUCGUCCGAAACAACCGCCGACAGCAGUCAGAAUCCGUUCGAUACUCGUGGCGGUUCCGUUCGGAGACGAAUCCAACAUUCGUCCGAAACAACCGCCGACAGCAGUCAGAAUCCGUUCGAUCCUCGUGGCGGUUCCGCCCGGAGACGAAUGCAACAUUCGUCCGAAACAACCGCCGACAGCAGUCAGGAUCCGUUCGAUCAUCCGUUCGAUCCUCGUGGCGGUUCCGCCCGGAGACGAAUGCAACAUUCGUCCGAAACAACCGCCGACAGUAAUCAGGAUCCGUUUGAUCCUCGUGGCGAUUUCGACGGUGAUAAGCCGGAUGCAACCCCGCGUACCAACCAGGGAGGUCUUUCCUAGGUGGCAAACAACCCAGUGGAACGCGUGACGCAGAUGAAGGUCAGUUUCCAUGAGCCCAAAGAAACAGACUCGACGAAGCCAAAAGGGAGUUCGGAC